AAACAGUUGAACUGUGAUUAGCGUUCGGAGCCACCUCAAAAAAAGGCCACCUUGCUCUGCCAUAAAAACGCUUUCGUUGGCUUCACGUUGUCUCGAGUUUCGGGCUCUCUUCUUGUGCGUUGAAUCGGUUUAUUGUGUUCGAUUUAAAACGUAAUUUGGUUGUGUUAUUUUUAACUUUUUGAAGUGUUUGUUCAUAUAGAAAAGCAAGGAUUAUUAUUUUUCAUUAGCUGCAUUGGUAACUUUGUGGUUGGGACAGUUUAGAUAGACAUUAGCGAAACCUCGAUAUCAGACAGUGAGAAUGGGCGCGCGGCAUUCGAAACGUUCGGUGGACAUAACGACGACGCCGAAGAAGGGCGAGGAGGGCGUCGCGGCGGCGGCGUCGGCGGAGGGCGGCGAAGAGGGCGGCAAAGUGGAGAAAAUCGUCGAGCCGGACCUGAAAAUCACCACCAACGGCACCCUACACAACGAAAUCGAAUUUGCGGAUAAAGAAGAAGAAACGUCCAAGGACGAAACGGAAGACAAAGAAAAGGACACGCCCAAACCGGAAAUAAAAGAGAACGGUCUUCCGGACGAACCCUCAAAUGCCGUCGACGAAAAUCAGAAAACGGAAGUAACAACGCCAGUAGAAAAUGGCGAAAAAACGCCGGAGAAGGAAACACCAGCAGAACAGAAAGUAGAGGAAUCGUCAGAACAGAAGAAAAAGAAAGAGAAGAAAAAGAAAUGGUCGUUCAGGUCGAUAUCAUUCUCGAAAAAGGACAAGUCAAAACCAUCCAAAGAGAGCGUGGAUAAAAACGGAGAAGUGAAGGAAGUAGCAGAAGAGAAUGCCGAAGAAAAAGCAGCCGCACCCGCCGAAACCCCAAAAACCGAAGAAGCCAAACCCACCGAAUCCGAACAGACUGUAACCACACCGGAGACAUCAGCCGUUCCCUCUACCGAAUCGGCAAAGACCACCGAAUCGGAGACCUCAUCUAAACCCGAUGACUUACCAAAGACUGAAGAGGAACCGGCCAAACCGGCCCAGGCGGAGGCCGUUCCCCAAGUAGAAGCAGCGGCCAAACCCGCCGAUGAACCUAAAGCGGAAGAACCCGUUUCGACUCCCGCACCUGUAGUAGAACCCACUCCCGCUCCCGCAGCUGAGGCUCCCCAGCAACAGCAGGAAGAACCUAGCAAAGAGGUGCGUACUGAGGAAGUGCCCCCGCCGCUGCCCUCCUCUAACCCCCCCUCCCAAGUGACCGCUUUCGCCGAGUCCACGAAGGCGGAGGUCGCGGAACUGACGUCGGGCCAAGUGCCGCAGGAGGUCAAGGAAAUUGUCGAAAGUUUAACGACGACAGAGAGUACGACACUUCCUGGAUCUCCUGUUGCCGAAACGGAGUCUGCUGUUACCGUUAACGAAUCCUCUAUUCCUGAUCCAUCCAGUCCCGUACCUAUAGAUGUAAAAAGCACAGAAUCAGUGGAAGUUACUGAACCUAUAACUAUUCCCCCUGCUGCACCCACUACCGAAGAACUUCCUCCAGCACCUCCAUCACCGGUUCCCGAGCAGGUCUCGGAGCCUGUAGAAUUAGAACCUCCAGCUGAACCAAUUGUUCUCCAUGAAAACGUAGAAAAGACUGAAGAGGCUCCUUCAGAGCCCGAACAAGCCGAACCAAUUACUCCUCCUCCCACCCCGGCUGCUAGUUCCGUAGAGAAUGCUCCCGCAGAAAUCCCCCUCCCACCUCCAGCGGACGUUUCCGAAACGGUAGCCCCAGCGGACUCUUUGCCCGACAUCUCGACGGAAUCCCUUCCCAGCCUGCCCGAGCCCGUGUCCGAAAGCCUCCCUCCCAUGUCUCUUCCGCCAGUCGAUUCGGUGCCCGAACCCAUAGCUCCCGUGGAAGUCGAGGAGUCGCCCAAGGAGGCGGAGGUUCCUCCCGCGGCGGCGCCCCUUACCAAUGGCAACAUGAAUGGACACGUGUCCCCGUCUCCCGAGGAAGAGCAGGUGCCAGGACCGACGAAACAGAUUGUACCAGAGGCUACAAAAGACAUUGAAAUCAGUCCUGAAGCUGGGGACAAGCCAAACGAAAAUGCAGUAGCAAGAGUUGAAGAGUAAUAAAUUCUGAUUAUCAUUAUGAAUAUCAUUGGCAAACAGAGAUCAUUCCCUCGGCAGUAAUCGCGUGAGGAAAUUCGACCAAUCAAAAAUUAUCAUGGAAACUGCCAUAUUUCAAUUUUAGAUUUUUAGAAUAAAUAUAUUAAUUUGAUAUAUUAUACAAAAAAAAAAAGAAAAUUGUCCGCAACGCGCAAAAGUUUAAAUAUAGUUAAAUUUUUAAUACUCUCUUUUAUAAAUGUUUUACAUUUAAUCAUUUAGUGAUGUUUUCUUUGGGACAAUUUUGAUAAUAUUAUAUGUCGAACAGUCGGCUCUUUCAUAUACAAUAAUUGUAUUAUAAUAAAAAUUAGUGGUUAGUUUUUUUAGUAGUAAUUAAAUUUUAAAGAUGAGCUUCUAUUAAGUAUAUUAAUUAGUCCUUAUUUUAAAAUUAUCUGUAAUAAUUUUAGAUUAACCUGCGUUUCUGUACGUAUGUGUUUUUCUUCCCGUUUUACAAUAUCUUUAGCCUCAGAUUUUAGGUUAGUCACAACACACUAUACUUGCGACCGUAUUAAUAAAUGUUCAAAUUUUAAUAGCUGAAAAUAUCUGCAGCUUCUUAACAAAUAUUUCAAUGGGUUUAAAUUAUAUAGAUACAUUCAAAUUAAUCUUAUUAAGUGUGUAGAAUAGACAUUUGGCUGUCUUUAAUAUAUUGUAUGUCAUUCAGUUAUAUUUUCAUAAAUUCUUGAAACACUAAACACUUUUGGCCAUAUAGCAGAAAUCUGCUCUAACUACAUAGUAAUUAAAAUUAAACAUUUAUGACGGUAUAACUGAAUUUAUAGACAAAACUUUAGUAUACGUAUAUAAUGUGCUUAUUAAAAAAACGUGCUAUUAUUAUAAAACUGCGGUUUCGCAGUUUCGACACAUUGAUUUUGUCUUUUUCGGCUGUCGCAAGGACCAAAUGACUGUGUUAUCGUUGAAAAAUCAAAUAAAAUUUUAUGUACAGUUGGUUUUAAUGACUUUGUAUAAAUAGCAACGAAACUUGAUGUGGUAGGUCUUAGGUCAGCUUCAGUAAUCUCAAAAUUUUAUUAAGUUUUUAUAUCGCACUAAUAUCGGCUUUGUUUUAACUGUUGUGAGAAACUUAAAACUAUAUCUUUGAAAUCGCGGCUGCUUGAUAUUUCGUCAUUUAUUGUAAUCGACCGAUUUAUCAGGUAGGCUGGGCAUUUAGGUACAUAAAACAAUUUCAUGUAUGUGUGAAUGUGUUUAUAAUAAUAUAAAUAUAUAAUUA